GAUUUUGGAGAUUAGGACAAUUAAGUUGUGCUAAAGCAUUGGAUAUAGCGACUUAUGCUAAACUAUUAACAGGUGGUUUAUUACCAAUGUCGGUUACUUUAACAACUUCAUCGAUAUUCUCUAGUUUUCUUGGUGAUAGUAAACUAAAUUCAUUACUUCAUGGGCAUUCCUAUACCGCACAUCCAAUUGGAUGUAUGGUGGCUGGUACAUCAAUUGAAGAAUAUGAAAACUUGAAUAAAACUAGUAAAGAUUGGAAAAUUGGAAGAGAAAAUUGGGAUGCUAAUGAGGAAACUGAAAUUUGGAGCAUGUGGAGUAAAGAGGUUGUUGGAAAAAUAUCAUGUAUGAAAAAUGUUGAAGGUGUAUAUGCAUUAGGGACAUUAUUGGCGAUCGAGUUAAAGGACAUUCAUGGCAGAGGUUACUCUUCGGAAGUUUCGUCAACAAUUAUAAAUCAACUUUCAAAUAAUUCAGAUGGAAUUUCAAUUUUAGCAAGACCUUUAGGAAAUAUCAUUUAUUUAAUGACAUCAAUAAUCAGUAAUAUUGAAAAUAUUAGAAAAAUGGAAGAAAAAGUUUUAAGUUGUUUAAAUAAAAUUUGUAAUGAUUAA